AGCUCAACACAGCUCACACUGCCCCAGGGGGUCUGGGGUAGGGAGGAGACGGAGGGAGAGCUGGGGAGGGAAGGGCCGCGUGUGGAAGAUGUGAUGAAGUGUCACAGGAGAGCACAGGGCCCAUCUUAUCAGUGUGAGGGCUCUGCGUCCAGCAGAAGGGGCUCUGCUGUGGUGGGAAAGAGCUGAACUGCAGGAACGGAGGUUGGUGCUGCCCGGGGGCUGGAGGCAGUGAUCUCAAUGUACUGCAGAUGCAACACUGGUUUUUUGUGAAGUUCAGCUUUCCGAAACUGACAAAGUUUAAAAGCAGAGGGAAAUUAGAAUGGGGAACUGCAGGGAUCUCUGAGAUUGUGAGCAGUUUGGCUGAUGGGAAGCACUGCAUGGCCAGGAUGGGGCAGGAGCUGCAGCCACAACAACAAAUGGGGCAGAAGAGGAGUGGGGCACACAUUGGGACCUCCUGCACGUCGGGAGCUUUUCGGUAGGGAAAGCAGAUAAAGGAGAUGGAGCCAUUCAUCCUCUGCAUGAGGGGCAGGCAAGAGCAGCAGCAGGUCUGGGUACACGGCCUGGGUGUCCCCAUCCUGCCCCAAGCUGGCACUGCCCCAAGGAGCCAUCAGACAGUGCUGUUAUCUGCACAGCGCCCAGCCUGACGUCAGCGCCCGCACGCUGCCCCAGCGGCCAACAGGAGAUGGGGCCAAAAGAGAAUUACAGAACUGGAAUCGAGUUACGCCUAAUUCGAUUAACGGCAAUCAGCGGGAAAUAGCUCUUGUCAAACAAACCUGAUUUUGUUUUCUGAUGAGAUGGGAAGUUGGGUUAACCUGUGUGUGUGUGUGUGUAGGGUCCGGAGAUGCACCGCUGCUGCUCUGCGUCCAGGCGGGAUGGCACUGAGCUGAGAGGCAGCAGGAGAGCGGGGGCAGAAUGGAAUGGUUGAGGGACCUCAACGGAAGCUGCCAGACCCAACAUCACAGCAGUGGUGAUUACACAGGCACUGCAGUGCCUGGCUCUGGGAUGGGAGCUGUUCUGCACUGCUCUCAUCAGGUUUCCUAAAAACAAUGCAAACUGCGUGGGGAAAAGCAAAGUCAAGAAGAGCAGACCAAGAAACUGACAGAGCUGAGAACCGGCUGCCCUGAGCUGCACACAUGGAGCUGGGGGGGCUCCCACUGCAUCCCAGUGAGCCUCCCAGGGGCUGUGAGAGCAGCGGUGUCCUCAGGGACACCAAAGGCAGCGCAAUUCUGUAUGCACAGGGGGGAAAUAGAGGUUAUAUUUAAAAAAAAUAAUUAAAUUGCAAUCUUGUAGCUGUGUGGGUGGCAAUCCUCUCAAGCUAAGCCAUGCUAUGAUUCAGUUCCCUGGACCCAUCCCUACAGACAUCCGAGCUCAGUGAGCACUGACAGAGCUGUGGGGGUCUCUGUGCACUGCAGGGAGUGGGACGUGAUGGCCUUCAGGGGUCCCUUCCAACUCAACCCUAUGAACUUACUGUGUUGAGAAGUGCCUCUGUGGCCACACGUGGGAAGGCAGGACAGGGGGCUGCAGCUGGAGGGAGCAGACAGGCAGGGUCGGAUGGGAAGAGAAGUGUGUGGCUGUAACCAUGGGGGUAAGUGCAGCUGGGGCCAAAACCCAAGGUUCUCCAUCUCCAGUUGCACACCAGCCUGCACUGCGCGCUGCCUGCCAGGAAUGAGAGAUCCCACACUGUGAUGGCAGGAACGCCACGCAGGGCUGUGUUCUGCUUUGCUGUGUCCUUCAGCCUCAUGAACUGAUGAGCACAUGGGCUGUUGGCACCACGUAAUUCAACCUUCCUCAGCUGAGGGUAGCAGUGGCUGCUGCUCGAGACGUCGUUCCUCUGGCUGCAGUUUCUCAGCUCAGUUUUGCCCUGCAGAGCACCGACCACAGCAUCGGUUUAAAAACCUGACUGUGGGUAACAGAUCCUGAAAGGUUUUCCCUACAUUUUGUGGUGCUGCAUGUACACGGUUUUAUGACCAAAGAAAUGGUAGCAAAAUCCCAAACUUUCUGUCUCUGUGUUGCAGGGAACUGAAGUCAGCUGUGCCAUGUUGGUCCCCAACCAAUCCAGCACAGCUCCUUUGCCUUUUCUCCUGCUGGGAAUCCCUGGCUUGGAAGAUGCCCACGCAUGGAUUUCCAUCCCAUUCUGCUUUAUGUACAUCAUGGCCUUGCUGGGAAAUAGCACGGUGCUGCUCGCCGUGAGGCUGGACAGAACUCUCCACGAGCCCAUGUAUUAUUUCAUUUCCAUGCUGGCUGUCAUUGACCUCAUCUUCACAACCGCUGUAGUUCCCAAAAUGCUGAGCAUAUUCUGGCUGGGCUCCAGACAGAUUGCUUUUCAGGCUUGCUUCACCCAGAUGUUCUUCAUCCACACGUUCACUGCCGUGGAGUCAGGGGUGCUGCUGGCGAUGUCCUUUGACCGAUACGUGGCCAUCUGCAACCCCCUGAGGUACAUCAGCAUCCUGAGCCAGGCGCGGGCCGCGCAGAUAGGGCUGCUCUCUCUGGCCCGGGGAGCUGCUGUCAUGGCCCCUUUGAUGUGCCUCCUCACCAGCUUACCCUACUGCGGGGACAGGGUCGUCCCCCACUCCUACUGCGAGCACAUGGCCGUGGUGGAGCUGGCUUGUGCCGACCCGUCGGUCAGCCACCUCUAUAGCGUCAUCGUGGCCACGCUGCUGGUCGGGACAGACUCUGUGUUCAUCACCUUCUCCUACGGGAUGAUCCUCAGGUCGGUGCUGAGGCUGCCAUCCCGAGGGGCUCGUCUCAAAUCCCUCAGCACCUGCGGGUCCCACGUGUCCGUCAUCCUCCUGUUCUACAUGGGCGGCCUGCUCUCCAUGUACCUGCAGAUGUUCUCUCUCGGCUUGGCGCCUCACACCCGAGUCCUGGUGGCUGAUUUCUAUUUGACGGUCCCUGCCAUGCUCAACCCGCUCAUUUACGGCAUGAAGACGAAGCAGAUCCGGGAUGGGAUAUUCCGACUGCUGGAGCAGCUGCCACGACUCAGGUUCUCAGCCGCUCACUGAGCCAGCAAGGAACACCCAGCAACCUGCUUAUCCUGCCCUAGGCUGUGUGUGACUGAGUGCAAUGAAUUGACCCCAGCGAUGUCCAUCUUUCUGCUGAGACUGCAAAGGGAACCCGGCCAGGAGACAGGAAUGGUCACAGCUCAUUUCAGGAAUUAGCACUGCUUUCUAGUUCUGCAAAGAGUGCAUGUGGGUUAACACCUGCUUUGGAGAGGAUAAGGAAAAGAAAACGUUUCCUGUAAAACGUGAUGCUUCCACCCAUCUUUGCUUGCUGCAAUGCCUGCUCCCAGUUUCUCAGAACUGCUGUCGGGCUCUUUCAGCUCUGCAGAGCCCCAGCCACACUCUGAUAGCAGCAAGCAGACCUGAGCCUUGCAGACCACAGGAGCUGUGCUGUGCUGCUCCUGCCCAGGGGUUCUGCACCACUCCUGGUUCAGCUGCAUGAGAUUCCUGCUGCCCAUCUCUCCAGCUGCAGGGUGAACCAGGCAUAGAACCAUGGAACCAUUAAGGCUGGAAAA